UAUAUUACUCCGUAUACGCUCUGCAAAACCUUAUAGUAGUUCAUAGAGCUCUCGGGGUUUCGAUAAUCACAUAGUAAUAUAUAUAUAUAUAAGUCCACUGCCGUGUUUGACCUCAAAAGCGAUAGUUACAUACAGCACAAUAUAUAUAUAGAGAGAGGGAGCAAGAGAGAAGGGGGCAUAGAUUUGCUCUGAUUAUAUAUAAAUCACUGAAUCUUCAUUUUCUUCUUCUCCAAUCUUGUUUAGUUGUUCUGGUAAUUUCUAUCCUUUCCGAAUAGAAUUCGGAUUUCCCGUAACUGAUUUUCUCGAGAAAGUUGCAAUCUUUUGAAUUCGGCGAGAUUUGAUCGGAAACAGUCGGAAUCGCCGAUGAUACAAAGUGUUUGUCGGAAAAAUUAGGUUAAUUUUUGGAUCAAGAAGAGAUGAGAGGAGUGAAUGGAGAUAUGAGAGGUGUGAACAACACUUUCGAGACUAUUAACGCUGCAGCGAAUGCGAUCGCCUCAGCUGAGAAUCGUAUGCCUCAAGCUUCGGUUCAGAAAAGAAGAUGGGGAAGUUGCUGGAGUAUAUAUUGGUGUUUUGGAUAUCAGAAAACCAACAAGCGAAUUGGGCAAGUUCCUGAAACAACAGCCCGAGGAGCAGAGGUUCCAGCAGCUGAAAAUCCAACCCAAGCACCUUCUCUAGUACUUCCCUUUGUUGCACCUCCUUCCUCUCCCGCUUCUUUCCUUCAAUCAGAACCUCCCUCUGCUACCCAAUCACCCGCUGGUUUGCUGUCCUUCACCUCAAUGUCAGCCAGUAUGUGCUCCCCAGGUGGCCCUGCCUCCAUUUUUGCUAUUGGCCCUUAUGCCCAUGAGACACAGUUGGUCUCACCCCCUGUUUUCUCUACGUUCACCACAGAACCAUCGACUGCACCCUUUACUCCUCCUCCUGAGUCUGUCCAACUGACUACACCUUCCUCACCCGAGGUGCCAUUUGCUCGGCUUCUUGAUCCCAACCACCAGAAUGGUGAAGCUGGUCAGAAAUUUCCUUUAUCCCACUACGAGUUCCAAUCUUAUCAACUUUACCCAGGAAGCCCGGUCAGCCAUUUGAUCUCUCCAAGUUCGGGCAUCUCUGGUUCUGGCACCUCAUCACCUUUUCCUGACCGUGAGUUGGCUCCUGGUGGUUCCCAUUUCCUUGAGUUCUGCACUGGUGUCCCUCCGAAGCUCUUGAAUCUUGACAAGUUCUCCCCCCAUGAAUGGGGUUCGCGGCAAGGAUCUGGUUCCUUGACCCCGGAUGCUGUGGUACCUAGAUCUCGGGAUAGUUUUCUUCUGGAUCGUCAGAAUUCUGAUAUCGCACCACUCCCAAAUAUAUUCAAUGGAGGUCAAAAUGAUGAACAUGUUGAUCAUAGAGUUUCAUUUGAAAUAACUGCGGAAGAAGUUGUUAGAUGUGUAGAAAAGAAGCCAGCAGCUUUGGCCAAGGCUGUAUCAGCAUCUCUAGAGAAUGCAAAACGCGCUGGUGAAAGAGAUGAAAAUUCAAGUGAAUUGCAAAUGCCCAAUGGUCAUGAGUGCGUUGCUGGUGAAACAUCCCACAACUUACCAGAGAGAGCUUCAGCAGAUGGGGAGGAUGGACGGCGUCAUCAGAAGCACCGAACACUCACUCUCGGAUCUCUUAAGGAAUUUAACUUUGAUAACGCAGAUGGAGGAGAUUCUGACGAGCCUACUAUUGGCUCUGACUGGUGGGCCAACGAGAAAGUUCUCGGGGAGGAGGCUGCCCCAACCAAGAACUGGACCUUCUUUCCAAUGAUUCAGCCAGGUGUCAGCUAAGUGGUAGGACCCGACUUCCGCUUUAAUGGAUCAAGUUGUAGAGAUUUAAUGGGUUCUGGAUUAAAAAUGAUGGGUGUUGCAGAACUGACCAAUACAUGAAGGCUGUUUUUUGAGCACUUCCUGACCUGAAGAAAGCCCUGAGAUGGGAAUGUUUUGUUAGGGUUAGUAUGGGCAGUAGCUUUUUUUUUUUUUGUUCCCCCUAUACCUAGGCUGAAGCAUAGAAAAACUUACAGUACUAUCAAUUCUCAAAUAGUUGUCUUUUAUCCUUUUGCUUUUGUAUUAUAAAUAAUUCAUAGAACAGAGUUCACGGUGAUACUGAUAAUGAAAUGAAUAUUUGGGCGAUCUUUUUGUACAA